AUGACCGAUAGGUCGAAGAACGUCAAGCUAUUCGGUCCGUCAAUUGGUAAUUUACCGUACGAGGUGACGGAAUCAGAAUUGCGAAAUCUGCUUCAAGGGUGUGGGAACAUACGUUUCCUAAUCAUACGAAAAGACAAGCAAACAAACAAGAGCAAAGGAUACGCACACGUUGAAUAUCGUCACGAAUGGGAAGCUGUCGAGGCCUUUAAACGUCUUUUAGGGAAGGAGCUGCGGGGUAGGAUCCUCAAGGUUGACUUCUGCGAGGACGUUAUUCGGAGCCGCUACCCUGACCUGGUCACAGCUGCAACCUCUGCCUUUCAGAAUGGUGUAGCCCUUGCCGUAUCGCAAUCUCCGCCAGUUUUCCCUGACCUUUCUUUUGAAACUUCUACACAUGUUAAUCAGACACCACUUCUCUAUCCGGCUGCUCAACACGCAUCCUUCAACAACUCCUCAGUUGACGUUACCGUUCCCAAGGAUGAAUUUGAACAGAAAAGGGGGAGAUGUGACGAAGAAAUGCUGAUAGAUGACCAAGGUCGCAUUUGCAAUGGAGAGUUGCUGCGCCUUGUCAAGGAAAUGAAUAUGUUUGAUAUAGCAAAAUAUGUUGAUGAAAUCGACCGAAUGAUGUCAAAAUCGCUUAUGAAUACUCGUUAUAUCCUCCAAACGAACCCUAGAAUGGAGUCGGCUCUCAUUCACGCGAAGAUGUUACUCGGAUGCACCUCUCUAAAUCCAACAAGAUCAAUGAAAAAUAGACAGGAAUUCGACAUAGCACUUGAUUACUUUCAUUUGAGCUAA